AUGGAGCUCACGGUCGUGGGCGAUUUCCCUCUGUCUGAGGGAUCGAAGCGGUUGGCGUCUGAAACGGUGCCAACUGCAGAUCACCCAAGCAAGAGACUACGGCAGUCAUCCGAGACGCCGCAGUUGAUGACUGAAGCCACUUUGAGCCAGGGUGUUGAUGAAGUCGAACACCGCCAAGCAGGACCACCCGCGUGGAGCAAUAGUCGCCAACAGAUCGGUGACACCAUCGAGUGGUUCCACUGCAUGCAAGGCGGAGCUGCUCAUAAUGGUCUGAAGUGCACUGGUGUCCUCCUGGAUGCUGACAAUGGUGAACGCUCGCUUAUGAGCGACGAAGUCAUCAUUACUCGCACGGGCGGUGAUUGUACAGGAGCCGGACAAACCCUUAGUCUCAAACAGAACCAGUCCCCAAAGGGCAUCAUCAUCAGAUCAAUCAUGGCUAGUCUUCGAGCUAAGAAGCCUGUGGGAGUUAUCGUUGGUGUGAGGAAUGAACUCCUAAAGGUCAAAAUCCCACACCGAUACUGUGUCAUGGACUGGUUUCUUAUCACCAAUGUAUGGAUGGAGAAAAUGGGCAAGUAUGCGGGUUUCCGAUUUCGUUUGGAGAAGCUGGAUCUAUCCACCAAAGGAUGGUGGGCAGAGCAGGGACCAAAUGAAGAGCUUCCUCUCGCUCCUCGCAACUUGAACCGUCCCCCACCAACCCGGGAGUGCAGUGUGUGUGGCAAGCCAAGCAUACAAGUCUACAUCCGACCUGGGUGGAUGUGUCUUGAGCCAUCAUGCCGGAAAUUCUGGAAAAUUGGGAAUAAGGAGCCGAAGGAGUUUGAAUACCACCCUGAUUUCCUUAACUACCGCCACCCCAGAGGUCCCGACAUCCCAAACUCUGGUCCUUUGGUCAACGUGGUAGACCGAAACCUUGAGCCACCAGAGGGAGUUGCCGAUCGUGAGGAAUGGAGAGGCAUUGUUUGCCCAGAAUGCCGAAAGUGCAUCCAGCGGGUGACCUGGGAUGCCUGGGACUGCACGGAUGAUGCCCUACGUGAGCCUGAAGAGACCUGUUGCUACAGGGUUGUGAGAAGAAUCCGCGAGAUUCCUCUGCAAUCUAUCCUCAAAGGCGUCAGGCCCUACACUCGGCGCCAGCUGCAAGCUAGCAUUCAACCCGUCAUCGACAAGCGCUCACUCGAGCCAUACGAACUACGCACUUACGAAAUCCCCAACGGUGGUUCGAUCACGCACUUUGUUUCAAACCCCACCAUCAACGAGCGUGCAGAUGGCCCAAAUCAUCUGUUCAGCGAACUUCAAAGGCUCGACCUAGGCCUUAAACGCUACCCACUUGGGUCUGCUCAAGGUGAGAACGAAAAGGAGGGCGGAGGAGCCGAAUCGCAUCCACGCCAUUUACCUGUGUCAUCUAAACGCAAGUCAUCUAAACGCAAAUCAUGUAAAAAGUCUACUUGUCGCGUGAAAGGGACACUUACAUGUCACUUUGCUGUGAACUAUGGUGUCCCCUACAAGUAUGUUGUCUCUGUGGAAUCCAGGGCUUUUAGUGAUGCCCCUGUCCCAAUCCUCACAGCUUUGGGUCGCCUGUCUUGGGCAACUGAAAAGGCUGUCACUGGCGCCGGGGGUCAGUAUCAGGCACCCAAUGAACUGCUUGCGCUUGGGUAUUUCGAACAGAUGAGCAUCGGAUUUCAUGACGAUGGCGAGAAAGGCCUGGGCCCAACCAUUGCGACACUCUCCUUGGGAACCCGGUCACGGAUGCACAUCCGAAUGAAGGACAAAUACUACUUUGGGAUCAGCAAAAGUCAUGUUGCUACCUCAGAUGACCCUGUCCUGCCAGGUUGCAUCAACGAAAAGGAGCGGCGAUCUCUCAAGAAAAGUUUUGACAAGGGUCAAAUCACCGCGGAGGAUUUUGCAGCCCAGAGGGUAGCUAUGCUACGCAGACCCGGGUCACGACACAGCCCGAAAUUGCUGUCGCUCGAGUUGAAACAUGGUGAUCUCGUCGUGAUGCAUGGGGCAGCUCUGCAGAAGUACUAUGAGCAUGCGGUGGAACCCGACAACGGCCUACGGUUUGCGCUUACUGCACGGUACAUCGAGACCAACAGCGACAUGGAUCGCAUCAAGGGCUCAUUCAAGCUUCAGGACAAUCAGAUUUACGACGGGCAGUGA